CCAUGGCGACACGCUGGUGCCUUCUGCUGGUGGCGUUCGCCGCGGUGGCCUCGGCGCUACUGGGCAUCACCACUGCCCGCAGUCUUGGCGACGUCGUGGAGCUCGACGACAUGGUGGCGGCCGCCUCGCACCACGGCCACCACUGGGAGAAGGGCGGCGGCGACGAGCACCACUCCGGCCACCACUCGUCGCACGGCGGCAAGGGCGACAAGGGCUACAAGGGCCACCACGGCUACGAGAAGGGCGAGAAGGGCCACCACGACAAGGAGGGCCACAGCGGCCACUACUCUGACCACGGCGGCCACAAGAAGAGCCACCACGACGAGGGCGGCCACUACGGCGAACACCACUACGGCGCCAAGGGCGAGAAGGGCCACAAGUACGGCGAGAAGGGCAGCUACAACAAGGGCCACAGCACCAAGGGACACCAUGAGAUCCACAAGCUGGACGAGUACAAGAAGAACAAGGAGUUCUACGACGAGCACCACGACGAGGGCCACCACAGCAAGCAUGGCGGCUACCACCACCACCACGAGGGCAAGAAGGGCGGCCACCACAAGGGCGGACACCACAAGUCCGGCCACCACCACGGCGACCACGGCAAGAAGGGCCACCACGAGAAGGGCCACCACCACCACGACCACAAGGGCUGGAAGGGCGCCGGCGGCCACGAGUCGCACCACGGCCACCACUCCGACUACGGCAAGAAGGGCGGCCACGACGAACACAAGCACUGGGGCUUCAGCAGCGGCGGCGGUGGCGGCGGCGGCGGCGGCGGCGGCCACGGCGGC